ACAGAAUGCCUUCGAUAUCAAGUGUGCUUAAUGGCUGUUCGAAGCGACUACGAGCAGUGUAUCGGGGGUGUUGGUGCAGCGUUACUGUGUGAUCUUGAGAGGAAUGUCACCGAGGCCAAUCGUCUGAUGCGAUUUUCUCAGAGUAUCGCCGACUGCGAAAACGAUAACGACGUUCACAUUAACCAAUUCAAAGUAGAUUCAUGA